UUAUUUUUGCAGAUUUUGUUACUGGUAAACAUAUUUUGCCUGGCAAAGUUUGUCAAAUCCUAUGGCGUUACGGAGCAUCGUGUAGACUACAUCAGAACAGUUGACGGUCAUGAAUACGAUUAUCAUUACCACGACGGUACAGCGCCACGAUUUGAAAAGAGCAAACUUCUCUACCUUCAGCAGCAACACCAACGGCAGCAGGAACUGCUUCUGGGCAAACGGCCCUACAAGCAGCCUUCAAGCAAUAAGUACUUCGGUGCGGGAUUUGAGCAGCUUCUCACGCACCGGAAGUUUACGCCUGCCGGCACACCUUCUACUUAUUCUAGCUUCAAACAACAGAACUCAAUCCCUAUAUUUGAAAGUCACGAAAAGGUUGGUAUACGUACUUAUCCAAACCACGCUGAGGACGAUAGUAGUGACUAUGACGAUCACAACGACAGGCGAAGGCCCGCACAUUCUUCGCUGACCAAAAACUUCAUUCAUCAUUCGUCGGGAUCAAACCGGAGACCAGCAGUUCAUCAGUACAAUAGAUUCGAGAGUCCACCAUCCGAAUCUGUCUCAGAGACAGAAUCAGAAUCUCAGGAGUAUAUCAAAGCACCAGCUGCUUCAGCAAAGCCCUUUACUAGUCAUUCGUCUUCGGCAGGCGGCAUUAACAACAAUUUUCCACUGAACAUACCGAACGUCUAUUACAUUCCGAGUGGAUACACGUAUUUCAACUCCCACACAUCGCCCCCAAAGGACAAGCUCGCUCAAAUACUGUACCUAUCCCCGACGCCAGCACCCACAACUCGCCGACCAUAUGUUGCACCAUCACUGACAUCUACCACCCCGUACAACAAGUUUUUUACCCAGAAAAGACCAACUAAGGUGCCCCGAAGACCUUACAUCGCACCGAUAUUGACCACCACGAGACGACCGUACGUUGCACCUUCGGUGACAAAGCCGACACCGGUGAGCAGGGGUACGACAGCUAAACCGGCUCAGUCCGGCAGUCAGAAUCCAAAACACCAGCAGCUCUUCAAUGGAGCCAGCCGGUUCCGCUACACGACCAGCAAACCCGUGCAGACCACAAGCGAAAAGUCAAAACCUAGCGAUAAGUACGAGCCAGAAUUCGACAUUGACAUCCGGAUCGAUCUGUCGCCGGAUUCGUCCUAA